UCCACGAGCAUAUUUUCACAACUGUUUAUUUUUAUAACUACGGUUAUAAAUGACGGAAGUAAAAAAAUGUACAAUUUAUUGUUGAUAAUUCUCAUUUAUUUAUAGGUUUCAUAAUUGGCGGUAUUGGAGGGUUUGGAGUUACGGGCGGUGCGCAUAGAUAUUACACGCAUAGAUCAUUCAAAGCGAAAUUGCCAUUACAAAUUAUACUUUUGGCGUGUUACACGGUAUCAGGACAGGUACGGUACAUCGGAUGGAUUUCGAUUAAAAAUAAUACGAUGAGAUCAAUAUAAUAUAUUAAUACAUCUACGCAUUUAGAACACUAUACCGGACUGGGUUAGAGAUCACCGGGUUCAUUGUGCCGAUAAUGGUACCGGUGUUUUUGUGGAACGAAUCUUGGAAUAUAGCCGUGUUCGGAAUGGCAAUAGUUCGGUACGUGCUAAAUUUGAAUUUCACGUGGUCUGUAAACAGCGUCGCUCAUAUUUGGGGCAACAAACCAUACGACACGUGAGUGUAUAAACUAUAAGUAAUUAAUUUUAUGUAUAACAUACGAAGGUUUUGAUUUUUUUUUUUUGUGUGUGUGUUUUUCAGACGUAUUCAGCCCGUGCAAAACUCUUUCGUGUCUAUAGUGGCCUUGGGGGAAGGGUGGCACAAUUAUCACCACGUUUUCCCGUAUGACUACAGAGCGGCCGAAAUCGGCGGAUAUUUGCUGAACAUGACAACCAUGUGGCUCGACUUUUUCGGCUGUAUAGGCUGGGCGUACGAUUUCAAAUCGCCGUCCAAACAGCUCGUCCAACAUGUGGCUCCAAAUCACGGUGACGGCAGUUGGCACGAGGUGUUGGACGCAAUUUUAAGGGAUUAUAAGGCUUCAUGA